AUGGCGGCAAUGUUCGCAGCGCCGACACACGAGGCGCACGCCUCUUCGGCCUCAAUGUCCCGCAGCACCUCGUUCCCCCUGCCUCGCGCCGAAAACAUGCCUCAGGACUUCAUCGACCACCUCGCCCUCGUCACACAGGCCCUCGUCAACUGCAGACCGCCCCCCUCUGUCCUCCAGCACAUGGGCCAUGACCUGGAGCACUCGUUCUUCUCGACCCAGCGCUUUGGCGCACCAGCCGCAGAGUCGGCAGACAUUGCCCAGAAGCUGUCCGCGGCACAGCUGUCGGAUCCGACACAGAACGGGGACGGAGGCAUGCUUUCACUCCCGCUCCCACCAUACAGCUUCGGAAAAGGCGACGCGCGGACACAGGCCAUUGAGGCCAACCUCGGCCGGCUAAUAGAACGCCUUUGGAGGGCCGAGAACCAGCUCGAGGCGUUUGCCUCGUCGGCGGCCCCGCACCACGCCACGACGGCCGCCUCUGUCCACAGCGAGGCCAACGGCAGCGCAGCCCGGACGCCCGGAGCCGACACCGCCACGUCGUCCGACUCCAAGGUGCCGGGCGACGACCUGGUCAAGGCGCACACGCCCCAGUCUCGCUCCUUCCCCUACCCGAUCUCGCAUGCGCAGCCGCAGAGCUCCACCUACCCGCUCAGCUACCCGCUCGGGAUGGGCACCGACGGGCCCGUGCUGCUCUCGUCGGCCGGUCGCGGUGCGGCGCCAGAAGACCCCAUCGGCGCGUUCGAGAGGUAUAACGACGAGAGCGGCCUGAGCGCUCAGGAGGAGCUGCGCCUGCUCAAGGCCCAGGUGCAGGACAUUGCUCGCGUGUGCAAGGCCGUCGCGUUUGGCGACUUGACGCAGCACAUCACGGUGCCCGUCCAGGGCCACGUUAUGGUCGAGCUCAAGGACAUCAUCAACCAGAUGGUGGACCGCCUGUCGAACUUUGCGGCCGAGGUGACGCGAGUGUCGCUCGAGGUGGGCACCCAGGGCAAGCUGGGCGGCCAGGCCGAAGUCGAGGGCGUCGAGGGCACGUGGAAGGAGCUCAAGGACGUCGUCAACCGCCUCGCAGCCAACCUCACCAACCAGGUGCGGGGUGUGGCGCUCGUCACCAAGGCCGUGGCGCGCGGAGACCUGUCCAAGAAGAUCGAGGUCGAGGCCGACGGCGAGAUCCUCGAGCUCAAGGUGACGCUCAACGUCAUGGUCGACCAGCUACGCCACUUUGCCAAUGAGGUCACCCGCGUCUCGCGUGAAGUCGGCAGCCGCGGCCAGCUCGGCGGACAGGCCAAUGUGCCCGGCGUCCAGGGCGUCUGGAAGGAGCUCACCAUCAACGUCAACCGCAUGUGCUCGAACCUGACCGAGCAGGUGCGCUCGAUCGGCAUGGUGACGACGGCCGUGGCCAAGGGCGACCUCACCAAGACGAUCGAUAUCGACGCCGAGGGCGAGAUGGCCCAGCUCAAGGAUACGGUCAACAGCAUGGUGGGCCAGCUGCGGAUCUUUGCUAGCGAGGUGGUGCGCAUGUCGAUGGAGGUGGGCACCUACGGCAAGCUGGGCGGCCAGGCGCACGUGCCCAACGUCGAGGGCACCUGGAAGGAUCUCACCGAGAACGUCAACAAGAUGGCCGACAACCUGACGUCGCAGGUCCGCGAGAUUGCUCGGGUCACCAAGUGCGUCGCCGAGGGCGUGCUGACCGAGUUCAUCACCGUCGACGUCAAGGGAGAGAUCCUCGACCUGAAGCUCACCGUCAACAACAUGGUGCGGCAGCUCAAGACGCUCAGCGACGAGAUCAUCCGUGUCUCGGUCGAGGUCGGAACCGAGGGGCGGCUUGGCGGACAGGCCAACGUCAACGACGUCAAGGGCCAGUGGCAGGUCCUCACCGAGCGCGUCAACAUGAUGGCCAGCAACCUGACGACGCAGGUGCGAUCGAUCGCAACCGUCACCACGGCCGUCGCGCGCGGCGACCUCAGCAAGACGAUCAACGUUGAGGUGCGAGGCGAGUUCCUCGACCUGAAGCUCACCGUCAACAACAUGGUGGAGUCGUUGCGCACCUUUUCGACCGAGGUGACCCGUGUGGCCAAGGAGGUAGGAACGGAGGGCAAGCUCGGAGGCCGUGCCACGGUCCUCGGCGUCGGCGGAACGUGGAAGGACCUGACCGACUCGGUCAACACCAUGGCCGCCAACCUGACGCUCCAGGUCCGCGCCAUCGCCCACGCCACAACGGCCGUCGCACGCGGCGACCUGACGCAGAAGGUGACGAUCUCGGUCUCUGGAGAGAUCUUGGACCUGGUCAACACGAUCAACAACAUGAUCGACCAGCUGUCCUUCUUUGCCUCGGAGGUGACGCGCGUCGCGCGCGAGGUCGGCACCGAGGGCAAGCUGGGCGUCCAGGCGCAGAAGAAGGACAUCGAGGGCAAGUGGGGCGAGAUCACCGACAACGUCAACAUCAUGGCCAACAACCUCACGUCGCAGGUGCGCGCCUUUGCGCAGAUCACGGCGGCCGCAACCGACGGCGACUUUACCCGCUUCGUGACGGUCGAGGCGAGCGGAGAGAUGGACUCGCUCAAGACCAAGAUCAACCAGAUGGUCUACAGCCUGCGCGACAGCAUCCAGAAGAACACGGCGGCGAGGGAGGCGGCCGAGCUGGCCAACCGCUCCAAGUCCGAGUUCCUCGCCAACAUGUCGCACGAGAUCCGCACGCCGAUGAACGGCAUCAUCGGCAUGACGGCGCUGACGCUCGAGACGGAGCUGUCGCGCAGCCAGCGCGAGAACCUCGUGACGGUCUCGACGCUCGCCGGCAACCUGCUCGCCAUCAUCGACGACAUCCUCGACAUUUCCAAGAUCGAGGCCGGCCGGAUGAACGUCGAGGAGAUCCCCUUUUCGCUGCGUGGCAUCGUCUUCAGCGUGCUCAAGACGCUCUCGGUGCGCGCCACCCAGAAGAAGCUCAACCUCAUGUACGAGGUGGCGCCCGACUGCCCCGAUCCGCUCAUCGGCGACGCGCUCCGCCUCAAGCAGAUCAUCACCAACCUGAUUGGCAAUGCGGUCAAGUUCACCGAGGCGGGCGGCCGCGUGUCGCUCAAGUGCAAGUUCACCAAGCUCGUCACGCCGGGCCAGGCCAUGCUCGAGUUCUGCGCGUCCGACUCGGGCAUCGGCAUCAAGCAGGACAAGCUCGACGUCAUCUUCGACACCUUCUGCCAGGCCGACGGGUCGACGACGCGCAAGUACGGCGGCACCGGCCUCGGCCUGUCGAUCUCGCGCCGGCUCGUCAACCUGAUGGGCGGCGACCUGUGGGUGCGCAGCAACUACGGCAAGGGCUCCGACUUUUUCUUUACCAUGGUCGUCAAGCUCGACGACAUCAGCGUAGACCAGGUCAAGGAAAAGAUCCGCCCCUACGCCGGCCGCAACAUCUUCUACCUCGACACGCUUCAUGACGACACGGGCGUCCAGCAGAUGCUCGAGGAGCUUGGUCUGAAGCCCUUCACCGUCCACAGCGUCGAGGAGGCGUCGCAGCGGAAGCGCGGGAUGCCGCGCAUCGACGCCAUCAUCGCCGAUUCGCUCUCGCUCACGCUCAACCUCACCUACUGCCUCGACCACGGCAUCUCUUCGUACAUCAACACGCCGACGACGAUCGCGGACCUCUACUACGCGCUGCUGCCGUCGCUCGAGAGCUCGGCGGCGACGCCGACCGAGGGCAACAACGAGGUCACCUACGACAUCCUGCUGGCCGAGGACAACAUCGUCAACCAGAAGCUCGCCUGCAAGAUCCUCACCAACCAGGGUCACAAGGUCGACGUCGUCGACAACGGCCACCUCGCCGUCAUGGCUGUCAAGAAGCGGCAGUACGACGUGAUCCUCAUGGACGUCAGCAUGCCCGUCAUGGGAGGAAUCGAGGCGACGAUUGCCAUCCGCGAAUUUGAAAAGUCGCUGGGCGAGGAGCGCGUGCCCAUUGUCGCAUUGACGGCGCACGCCAUGCUGGGCGACAAGGAAAAGUGCCUCCAGGCAGGCAUGUCGGCCUACGUCAGCAAGCCCAUCCGGAGAGUGGAGCUCAUCUCGACGCUCCACUCGCUGCUCGCCAAAAAGGCCGGCGUCAGCGGCCGGGCCUAG